CUUUUAGAGUCUAUCCGAUUAAUGAUGACACGUUGGUUUGCAACAAGAAAACAUGAUGCUGACUUGAUGAAAACUUCUCUGACUCGUGGUGUGGAGAAGUUGUUGGAGGGCCGUAUACCUAUUGCUAAUCUAUUAAAGGUUCAAGCUAUCGACAUUCAUCAGUCACAAGUGAUGGGAGUCGCAUCUUUACAUGUUGUAAACCUUACAGAAAAAACAUGUUCUUGCCGUAGAUUUGAUUUGGAGAAGCUACCAUGUGCUCAUGCUAUAGCUGCUGCGGAAGCUAGAAAGAUAUCACGUAUAUCACUUUGUCACAAGUACUAUCGGACGCAGUACCUUUACAAUGCAUAUUUCACUCCUGUUAUGCCCAAUGCAGCUGAUGUUCCAAUUCCAGAAGAAGUUGCAAAGAGGAUCUGUUUGCCGCCUGAUGUCCGCCAACCGCCGGAAAGACCCAAAAAAUCAAGACAUAAAUCUAUUUUGGAGAAAGUUGCAGACAAGAAGCGGCCAAGGAAGGAACACACAUGUAGAAUUUGUAACCAUAUGGGACACAAUUCUACAACAUGUCCUCUUAAGUGAUGAGUAUUCUAUUUAGUUUCUUAG